UUUCUUUGUACUUUUGCAUGAUAACUCCGCGCUUCAAGGGACCACAGAAGCCUCUCAAAUUCCGCAUCUCUGUCGGCGACCUCGGGAAGAAUGGAGGAGAAGCCGCCCAAAGCGCCCUUGGCCAUUCCUCGCCGUAAACGCAAUCGAAUUCGAACUUCUUGUCGGCCUUGUCGCGCCAGAAAGUCAAAGUGCGAUGGGAACCGUCCUUCGUGCUUGACAUGUCUGAGCAGAGGUCUCCCUGAUCAGUGUGUCUACGAACAACAACGUCCGGGAGAGCACAGGAUUGUGUCGAUUCGGAAUAUUCCACAUCCAUCUCCGAAUAACACAAUUUUAUCUGGAAGCCCCGUUGCUGCUUCAAAUCGAGAUUCGCUUUACCACAGAAGCCUGUAUUGAAAAGGACUCGGAUUCAAAAGACACCAUCGAUCGAGAUGAGGAUGUAUUCGGCCCACCCUCA